AUGUGUUACAGUUGGUUCUAUUGACAAUAAUCACACCUUGGCAAAAUUCAGAAGGCAUCUUUGGAUAAUAUUUUAUACAUUAAAAAAAUUAUUGGAAAAAAAGCUUUUUUUUUUUUUUUGUUUGUUUAUUCUAGGAAAGGGUGGUCUCCCAGAAAGUCUUCAAAGAGUGAAGGAGAUUUCUGGGAAGGAAUUUGAAUUCGAAGAGCUGGAUAUGCUUAAUAAGGAGGGUCUAAACCGCUUGUUUGACAAGGUAUGGUGGUUUUAGGUGGCUGUCUUUCUGUGUAAUCUUUCAUAUCUAAAUCUCCUUUAGAUCAUAUUCAUACUUUUUAAUUUUCCAUUCAUAGCACAGAUUCUCUGCAGUUCUGCACCUGGCAGGGCUGAAAGCGGUUGGGGAGUCGGUGGAGAAGCCUCUGUUUUAUUACAAGGUGAACCUGACUGGAACCAUCCAGCUUCUGGAGGUGAGUUCUUAGCAUCAUACUCAGUCUAGAGGAUGUUUAAAAGGCUUAGCUUACUGUUGGUAUCAUUGAUUUUGGUUUCUGUCAUGUGUUGAAAAUAAAACAUGCAGGCAUUUUUAUGUUCCCUCUUUUUAUUCCUUUUGUAAAUCAUUCCAUAGUGAAAAUGUGUUCAGUUUCAGCUGUUUGUGAGCAAACCACGAGUAUGAGCUAAACCCUGAGUUAACGUGUUGUAAUGAUGGAUGCCAUUACUCUGUUAAAGAGUUACUCCAAACACCAUGACAGGAGCAUGUAGGGGUUUAGAUCUGAAACGCUGUGCAUACAAAGUUUUGACCCCUAAACUGUGGGAUUAAUUACUCCACUUCUAGCAGCCCCAAUUGUCUGUCAUUAGCCAACCUGGAACUAGAGUACUGGGUUGGCUAAUAUCAAUUCUGUGCGAUGCACAUUCAUUGGCUGCGAGAAGUUGGUUUUUCCUCUGAAAUGAGCGUCCGGAUUCGUAUCUGGGUUCUGCCUCUCUGCAGUAGCCUAAUGUCAUAAACCUGAGAAGUGAAAAAUCUGUUAGGGACCCAGUUAAGAGGUCGAGCUAUUGCAAAUUUCCUCUGAAAAUGAGGACUGAGUGCUCCUCAAAUCAUAACCGCUACAGUGGACUAUAGUGGUUAUGAUGGUUUGAGUAACCCAUAUAAAGUACUUGGCUAGGUGCCACUAUUAUGCUAUCUGGGCUGCUUCUAGUGAUAAGUACAUGUAAAAUAUAUGCCUCUUGUGCAAUGUUUAGUAUAUUAAAGGGAAAGUCUAGGUUACCUUUUAGACGUAAUGUAUCAUAAAAUUCCUGAUUUAGACUGUGUGUCUUGUUCAUAGAUGUCAAGUAUUAAGGUAUGUCUUGAAAUGAUUAAGAUCAGUAACCAUUCGUACAUUCUUUUUCAAGGUAAUGAGUUCACAUGGGGUCCAGAAACUGGUGUUCAGCAGCUCAGCAACCGUGUACGGUGAUCCUAAAUAUCUGCCUAUAGAUGAAAGCCAUCCAGUAGGAGGCUGCACAAAUCCGUAUGGGAAAACAAAGUAUUUUAUUGAAGAGAUGAUAAAGGAUCAAUGUAAAGCUAAUGGGGUGAGUGUAAGAGCAAUAUACAACUAUUUUAGUUAUAUCGCAUCCGGAAGAAGGCAGGGAUCAGCAGAGUAGACCUCAAGACCUCUUGAGACCCUAAAGAGUAUAAUCUAAGUGAAGGUUGGGUAUUACUACAACAUCAAAAAAGGCAAUGGUUGAUUUCCACUUCUGUCCUUUAUCCACACUCAGGACUUCAAUGCUAUUCUGUUGAGAUAUUUUAAUCCGAUUGGUGCUCAUGUGUCAGGACGUAUUGGAGAAGAUCCCCAGGGCAUUCCCAACAACCUAAUGCCAUACGUCUCUCAGGUCAGCUGACUGUAGAAUUUCAAAAUCUUUGUGUACGUGUUUUUAUGUGAAACUAGCUCUAAGCCAUUAUUUUUAUUAUUCCUCCUAGGUGGCUGUGCGACGGAGGGAGUUCUUAAAUGUGUUUGGAAAUGAUUAUAAUACACCUGAUGGGACAGGUAAUGUACACACCAACAUUGUUACAGUUCUGUGAAAUGUGUCUGCUCUUAAACAGUUGAGAUAUAUAUAAAAAAAAAUAAAAAAAUUAUGCUAGGCUACAUUUGUAAUAUUGAAAGCAUUUGUGACCGCCACGUUAUAUGAAAGUAUUGUGAAAUACUUCCUUAAUAUGGAAUCAGAGAAAUUAAUAAAGAUUGCAUUUGCAGGGUUAUUCACUGAACGUGAAAACUAGUAAAUAUGAGACUUGUCAAUGCGGUCAGAAUUUGUUAAAGCCAAAUAUAGUCAGGAUUCUGACUGAUUCUGUAACCAUCAGUAGUUUCAUUUAUUCAAAUGUAUUUCUUCAGCUCUGAAAAAGGCCAAAUAAGAAUCCAGGAUUAUAAUCCAUAAGAGAGCAAAAAACAGUGAUGUUACUUCAGAUAAAACAUAAGCAAUACAUUUCUAUUAAGAAGCAGCUAUACACAUAAAAAAACUCCCCACCUCCCCUAAUUUCAGCAUAUCACAAGUCACACAUGAGUGUAAGAGCUUAGUAGAUCAACCCCUAAUUUAAAUGAUAUGGGGUGUCCAGUAAAUGCAUUAAUAACAUCAGACUUUAAAAAUUCUAAAUUUAAUAAGAUGUUAGAGACCUGGGCUAUUCUGAAAUAAUAUUUUUGAUGUCUGAUGUUAAUGCAUUUGCUGAUCUAUUAUUAUUAUUAUUAUUAUUAUUGCCAUUUAUAUAGCGCCAACAGAUUCCGUAGUGCUUUACAAUAUUAUGGGGGGGGAUUUAACUAUAAAUAGGACAAUUACAAAAAACUUACAGGAACGAUAGGUUGGAGAGGACCCUGCUCAAACGAGCUUGCAUUCUAUAGGAGGUGGGGUGUAAAACACAAUAGGACAGGAAAUAUUAAAUAGGGUGGGAGUGAGGCAGAGCUGGAGGAGAGAGUAGUGCCCUUUUAGAAGAGCGCAAGAGACAGGUAUGUGAGGUAGAGGUUAGUCUUGGAGACCAUAAGCUUUCCUAAAGAGAUGGGUUUUAAGGCACUUCUUAAAAGAUGCAAGACUAGAGGAGAGUCUGAUGGCGGUAGGCAGGCUAUUUCAUAGGAAGGGAGCCGCCCGCGAGAAGUCCUGCAAGCGUGAGUUGGCUGUAUGGGUGCGAACAAUGGACAGGAGGUGGUCACAGGCAGAGCGGAGAGACCGAGAAGAGAUGGAUCUGUGAAGAGAUAUAGGAGGGGCUAGAAUUGUUCAGUGCUUUAUAGGUGUGAAUUAGUACCUUGAAUUGACUCCUAUAGCAUACAGGAAGCCAAUGUAAGGCCUGACAGAGGGGUGAGGUGUGAGAAAACCGACUAGAGAGGAAAAUCAGUCUGGUGGCAGCAUUCAUUAUGGACUGUAGUGGUACAGUACGGCUUUUGGGAAGACCAAUCAGGAGAUUGUUACAAUAAUCCAUGCGGGAAUUACUAGGGCAUGGACAAGCUCCUUGUUAGCAUCUGGUGUAAGAAAGGGGCGAGGUGAUACCUCUGCUAAGAAGAUUCUGCAGGACACGGUUGCUUGUGAGUGCUGGGUGUUAAUGCUGUUUUAAGGGGAACAGUCUGAAAUAUAAGGUCUGAGGUUAGAAAGGAAAAACAAAAAAAAAAGCAGUAAACACACUAUUAUGGGUGGGGAGACAUGGGGCUAUUGAGGUAAUUAAUUAGAGAUGAAAAAGGAGAGAACAUUAUGGAUAAAAAGAUAGGAAGGAUCAGAUAGGUGAAAGUCAUAAACCAUGAACAUAAAUUCACAAGAUUAUCAGUGAAAGUAGUAACACUAGCUAAACAAACAAUUAACAAAAAGUCUUUGAGAAUGAACAUAAAAUGACAUGACCAUACCAACUUUAAGAAAAACAGAAGAUCAGUAUAGGAGAUAUAAUAGUUCUCAUUUAAGUAGUGAUAGUACAGGGAGGGAGAUGGAAUCGAACACAAUUUUAAAUUAAGAGUUGAAAGGAAACCAUAAGUAUGGGAAUUCUUGAGUAAAUCUUCCAGAGAUAACUCUGCUAAGAAGAUUCUGCAGGACUUGGUUGCUUGUGAGUGCUGGGUGUUAAAGGACCACUAUAGUGCCAGGAAAACAUACUCGUUUUCCUGGCACCAUAGUGCCCUGAGGGUGCCCCCACCCUCAGGGACCCACUCCUGCCGGGCUCUGGGGAGAGGAAGGGGUUCAAAUCUUACCUUUCUCCAGAGCCGGGCGGGGAGCUCUCCUCCUCCUCCUCGACUGAAUGCGCAUGCGCGGCAGGAGCUGCACACGCAUUCAGCCAGUCUCAUAGGAAAGCAUUCAUAAUCUUCUGUGAUUUUCACAGUGAGAAGCACGCAAGUGCCUCUAGCGGCUGUCAAUGAGACAGCCACUAGAGGCUGGAUUAACCCAUAUGUAAACAUAGUAGUUUCUCUGAAACUAUGUUUAUAAAAAAAAAAAGGGGUUAACCCUAGCUGGACCUGGCACCCAGACCACUUCAUUAAGCUGAAGUGGUCUGGGUGCCUAGAGUGGUCCUUUUAAUGCUGUUUUAAGGGCCCAGUCUCUGCUAAGAAGAUUCUUUAAAUUAGUGGUGGAUAUACUAAGUGCUUACACUCAUUUGUGAAAUCCAGAAUUCCCGACACCACUAAUUUAAAACUAAAGGGAAAGAAAAAAAAAACCCAAGCCACUACAAAAAGUAAUCCAUCUUCACCCGGGGAAGGCCUGCUGCAGAAUGAGUACGACAAUCUGAGAAAGCCACAUAUGGGACUGUUUUCCUUCCCUAUCAAAUCUAGCCAGUUGCAGUCUAAACCCUAACACAGGUCUUCAUAUGAUAAUUGUGUGUAUUGGUAAAUUAUGGUUGCUUUCUGUGCUUGGCUGCAGGUGUUCGAGAUUACAUCCACAUUGUCGAUCUGGCUAGAGGUCAUAUCAGUGCUCUUAAAAAAUUAGAAUCCAGCAGUGGAUGUAAGGUAAGUGUACUGACAAGGAUAAAAUUCACAUCUCUGCAUUAUAUUUCAAACUUCCUUUUCAUGCUCAUGUUGACACUAGAUGUUUGUUUAUUUAAAAAAAGAAGAAAAAAAAAAGCAAACCGAUGUAUUCACCCACUUCCUUUUUUACUUCCUCCAGUCUGUGGGAGCUAGAGUCUGGUUGACAGCUUGUCGUUCUGUCUACUUUCAUUUCAUUUUAAAACCUUCCAAAUGUUAAAUUUGUCAUGUGGUCUAAGAUUUUGUCAUAUAAAGCUGCAUGAGUGUGCAUUUUUUUUAAUUUUAAUUUUUUUUUAUCCUGUGCACAUUUUCUGAUAUUCCAAACCUUUUUAUUCAGGUUUACAAUCUUGGUACUGGAGUUGGGUAUUCAGUUCUCCAGAUGGUAAAAGCUAUGGAGAAAGCUUCUGGAAAAGAAGUGAGUUGUGUGUUUUGUGUGUGAAUACAAAGGUUGAGUCUGGCCUUUUGGUUUACAGAAAGACUGACUGCACAGGAGCCCUAAUGAUUCUUCUUUUUUCCAGGUUCCUUAUAAAAUUGUGGCAAGACGGGAAGGUGACAUUGCUACAUGCUAUGCAGAUCCUACAUUGGCUGCGGCAGAGCUAGGAUGGAAGGCAGAAUAUGACCUGGAUAGAAUGUGUAUGUUUAAAACCCAACUUUUACAGCAUACAGAUUAUUUAUUCUUCCUCAAAUCAGAAUAUCUCUCACCUGAACUUCAUUAUUAUCUCUUAAAGAGACACUCUAGUCGUCAGAACUACUGCUUAUUGCAUUUGUUCUGGAGACUAUAAUCAUUCCCUUCAGGCUUUUUGCAGUAAACCUGGUCUUUUCAGAGAAAAUGUAGUUAACAUUACAGAUCAAGGAUACCUCCACUGGCCACUCCUCAGAUGGCCGCUAGAGGUGCUUCUUGGGGAAGUUUAACACUGUGUCUCCACCCUCUGCAUGGAGACACUGAACUUUACGCCUAGAGGCUUUGAUUCAAUGCAUUUCUAUGAGGAUGUGCUUAUUGGCCAGGGCUGUGUUUUGAUUUGUGCUGGAUCUGCCUCCUUGACAGUCUCAGCCAAUCCAAUGCUUUCCAAUGCAAAAGCAUUAUGAUUAGCUUAGAUUAACACAUUCUGAUGAUGUCAGCCAAGCAGACAGAUCAGGGGCAUAGCCAGCAGCAGCAGACUGGUAUCCAGGUAAGGUGUUGCUAUAUUUAGGGGUGAGGGGCUAGAUGUGGCUUUAACACUAUAUAGGAUCAGGAAUACAUGUAUGUGGUCUUUUGUUAAGGACAAAAUGCUUCAAUUUACUGUCCUCUCAAUUUGAGCUCUAACAAUAUCUUGACAGCGUGUAAGGUUCUGCUUAUUUAUCUUUGGUAGCUCUAUAUAGUCCUGAGAACAUACUGUGUCAGUCAUUCCAUUUUAGGAUCUAAUACUUUCAAGAACAAAUAGUUGUGACUAUGCAAGCAAGCACGGGUACUUAGAGGAUCACUAUAGGGUCAGGAACACAAACCUGUAUCCCUGACCCUAUAGUGUUAAACCCACCAUCUAUCCCCCCUGGGCCCCUCAUGCCUCCAUAAAUAUAGUAACUCUUAGUGUAUUCAAGCCUGAAGCUGUAACUCUGCAUGCUGUUAGACUCAGAAAAACAAGCAGUCUGCUGACAUCAUCAGAAGUGGUGGCCUGUUCCAAUUGCAAUGCUUCCCCAUAGUAUUGGACAAAGAGGCAGAUCAGGGGCAGAACCAGCAUGAUUCAAACACAGCCCUGGCCAAUCCGCAUCUCCUCAUAGAGCUCAAUUGAAUUAAUGAAUCUCUAUGAGGAAAGUUCAGUGUCUGCAUGCAGAGGGAUGAGAUACUGUAUGUUUGGAUGCAUUUUAGGCAGCCAUGACCCAGGAAGGAUCUCUAACAGUUAUCCCCAGGCUGUAAUCUAAACACUGCAUUUUCUAUGAAAAGACAGUGUUUACAGCAAAACGCCUGACGGUAAUGAUUCUACUCACCAGAACAAAUUCAAUAAGCUGUAGUUGUCCUGGGAACUAUAGUGUCCCUUUUAAGGGUUUUACAACUUUGAAAGUAUAGUGUUUAGAACGAGUGUGAUAAAUUUUACUGUCAAACUUGUAUAUCAUACACCAUGAUCUAGUCUUAGGUAUACAUGAUAUGUCAAUUUUAAAGUAUAAACAAUGUUGUAAGUAUGAAAACUCACAAGAUUAAUUACUAAUAUCUUAAUUGCAGGCACCUUGAUUCCAAGUGCUGGCACCAAAUAUAAAUAGUGAUAACCUUAUCCAUUACAAAUCAAUUUUUACUUGCCAUUAUGUCAAUCCAUCUUUCUCGGCAGUCACAUGAUUUCACCAUUUAACUGCCAUGGGGAAUGUCCAGAACAGGGAAACUGGCUUUGUCUGAGAUAAGUGUGCAUUCUCUUGCAGAAGGCAGUCUAUCCAUUAGUCAGGGUUUUUAAGAAGCAGGCUAACUUCAGUAGUACUGCUUUACAGCAGAGAGAGGAGAGUGUCAACUUACACCUUUUGAAUUGCCACUAAAUCCUAGCCACAAAUGAUAGGUAUUGUAGCCCAACAAUAAUUUGGAAGUGUGUUGCUUCUAUUCCUAAUUAGGAGUUAUUGAGUGCUUACUGGAUUUAGGUGUGGAACCCAUUUUAUUACCUUUGCUUUUACUGUGCUUAAUGGAUGAAUGUCUCUUCCUAGGUGAGGAUCUGUGGCGUUGGCAAUCGCAGAAUCCUACAGGCUUUGGCCCAAAGGAGUGAACAUCCCUGGAACUGCAACCAUAAAGGACAAGACUGCACCCUAUAUGAUUGAUUAGUAUACUUCGCUAAAUAUUUAUGUAUAACAAAUACCCCAAAAUGAAUCUUUGUAACCAUAGCCCUAGAACUGGAACAAUAAUCUCAGGUCUUCCUCCAAUGAAGCAUCCAUGCUUGUAAAGGAAUAUCACUGCUACCUCACGUAUAUCCAUCAUGUUGAACCGCGUGGAGAGUUUCAAAGAGACUUUUUUUUCAAAAUUCUAAACAAAGGAGGUCAUGACAUUCCAUGCAGCUUGAAAUCUGUUCCCAUAAUUUAAUUGACCUUUUGCUUUUCUAAAUUAUUUAAUAUUUCUACUUUCUGAUAAAUGUCUCUUUCAAAAUGUGUUUUGUUUUUGGAGACUAAUAAGUCAAGCAGAAAAAAAUCCACAAGUUGAGGGUUUUUUAACCCUAGCAAUCUUUGUUCACUGAUACUUUUAAAACAAAGGAUAUGUCAGUUUGUUGAGUGGUGGGGAGGGGGGUCAUAUACUUGCCCUGCAUUUUUGCUGGUCAUGUGACAGCUUUAGUUUUUCCUCUGCUGUGUGGUUUGCAGAGCUGCUGAAGUGAUCAAGGUGAACUUGUUUUUCUAACUCUGUAUAUGUCUCUUAGCUACUUACCACGGCCCAGAAUAGAGGAUGUUGGGGUAUAUGUGGACAUAUUUCAUAGUGCCCCUGCCAUCUUAAAGGUAACUUAUGCUGUAGGAGAAGAGUCACUUAGAAUAUAGCCAAUACAUUCUAUACCUUUUAAUAUUUUCUAAAUAGGGGCCCUAUGGGAUAGUUUGAUCACUGUUGGAUUAAAGAAGGGUACAAAAAUGUUUGGGGAGGGAAACCAAUAACUUGAUUACUGGUUUUUAUUUACUUCCCCCAUGUGGACCAAGCUCUUCUUCCAAGUUACAAUAUUGCCAAUUGCUCCACUCUUACUACCACUGAUCUAUCAACAGCCCCAUGUCCUUUUUAGGAGUAGCAUUGAUGAGCCCACAAUGAAUGUAUCACAAGUCAAACUUUCUCUUACCAGUAAUAUCUACUUAGUGUUGCUAGUCACUCCUCAAUAGUUGGUUAUUAUAGUGUAGGUAGCAAAUAAUAAUGAAAAAAGUGCUUGUGCAUUUAGUAACAGUAAAAAUAAUUCAAUUAAUUUGGUAUGACAGUGCGCGGUAAAGGUCAGUAAACAAGAAGUAUAAUAUCUGUGGAAUCUUACUUUAUAGCUAUUAGAAAUUGUAUGUGGAUUGCAAUAUUGCUACAACACAAAGAUUAUACUGGCAGUGAGACAGGGCUCCAGAUUCACUGUGAAUUUUUAAUUUAAAGGACUUGUUUGAGCACCAUAACACCUUUUUAGCAUCAGCUGACCUCUUUAACCCCUUAAGGACCAAACUUCUGGAAUAAAAGGGAAUCAUGACAUGUCACACGUCAUGUGUCCUUAAGGGGUUAAGCCAAUCUGUG